AUGACUGCCCAUCACGUAUUGAAGCUGCUGUUCAAUAGAUAUAGCCGUUUCCAUGACGAUGAGAAGGCAGACAUGCAGGAGCACCUGCAGCAAGCCUUCUCCUUCAUACUGGGCUCCUGGAUGAGGGAGUACCCUGAAGACUUCACUGGAGCACCGGACACGUCCUGCCUGCAACACCUGGUAACAUAUCUACACCUCAAUAUGCCUGGCUCUGUUGAGGAGCAGCAGGCCCGCCUUCUGCUCAGCCAGCUGGAGCACAUGCUUCUCAAGAAGCCAGAGCUGGAGGCUGUUCCACCAACUGCCAGGCUUUAUGAGAAAACCACUAUACAAACACUGGAUCCAACACCCUGCGUAGAAGCAGUACUACCAUGUCAGUCAGAGCUGGAACUAGCUGUAGCCUCAGAGGCCCCCUCAGCUCCAGGAGCUGCAGUGGAGCUCCAACAAGAACCCCAUUUAGACGGAUGUUUUGACUCAACUCCAUCAACUUUGAUCGAAAAGAUCAAUCCACCUGCAGGUCAGCCAAUGGCCCACAGCCUUGCACCAACUCCAGCACCAAGUCUGGAUCUUGCCCUGCAAUACUCAAGUCUUGUUCUAGUUCUAUCAAAUGAAGAAAGAGUGGCUGAUCCCUCAGUGCCAGGGGCACUUAGCCCAGUGGUAGCAAUGGCUCUAGAGCCAGCCAUUGAUGCACCAAUACAUGCCAGUGAUGAGGGUAUGCCAGUGCCCACUCCAGAAGCCCAGCUGCCUGAAGGCCAGUGUGACCCAAUUCUGCACCCCGCCCAAGAAGGAGAAGCAUCUGCAGUUCAACCAGAGCCCUCCAAACCUAUUGUAGUGAGCAGCUCAGGGCCAGAGCUAGAGGCUCCAGGAGAUGAAAGCCUGGAGUCUGUUCUCGGUCCAUCUGGGGAGCAAGUGGAGUCUCUCGGUUCAUCUGGGGAGCAAGUGGAGUCUCUCGGUCCAUCUGGGGAGCAAGUGGAGUCUCUCAGUUCAUCUGGGGAGCAAGGAGAGUCUCUGGGUCCAUCUGGGGAGCAAGUGGAGACUCUCUGUCCAGCUGGGGAGCAAGUGGAGUCUCUCAGUCCAGCUGGGGAGCAAGUGGAGUCUCUCGGUCCAGCUGGGGAGCAAGUGGAGUCUUGCCCCCUUGCUGGAGAGGCUGACUGUCUUGAGCCUGUUGCUGAGUAG